AUGUCCGAACGGAAAAAUGUUUUGCUCCUGGUGGCAGACGAUCUGGGAAAGCAGUUGAGCUGCUUUGGCGCAAAGAAUAUCCAAACACCCAACAUCGACCAACUCGCAAGUGAAGGAACUCGAUUUGACUAUGCGUUUGCAAGCACAGCAUCUUGCAGUGGUAGUCGCUCUGUGAUUUAUACAGGUCUUCACACCCAUCAAAAUGGUCAAUACGGACUUGCGAGUCACCGACAUCACUUCGUGACGUUUAACGAAGUGGAAACAUUACCCCUGCUUCUGAAUCAGUCCGGUCAUCGAACUGGAAUCCUGGGAAAGAUUCACGUUGGACCAGACCCCGUUUAUCCAUGGGAGGAGAGGAGAGAAAGCGAUACUCGAGAUGUUUCCGUGAUCGGCGACCAAGCAAAGCAAUUCUUUGAGGAAUCAGUGGAAGAUACGCGCCCUUUCUCCUUAACCAUUGGAUUCAUUGAUCCUCAUCGCGAUCGUACCAGAGGAGGCUUUGGAAACACCGAUGACUUCGAUCCCCGCGUUACAAAGGGACAGUACACACCGGAAAAUGUGGAAGUUCCUCCGUUUAUUACGGACACUCCUGGGGCUCGGUAUGAACUCGCCGAAUACUAUAACUCGAUUCACCGACUCGAUCAGGGAGUGGGUUUUGUAUUGAAAGCGUUGGAGGUAUCAGGCCUGGCAGACUCGACCUUAGUCAUAUUCAUCAGUGACAAUGGUCCACCGUUCAUUAACUCCAAGACAACUCUGUUUGACGCGGGGGUGAGACUACCUUUGAUCAUCCGACACCCUCACGUCGCCCCUGCAGUAAGCAACAACAUGGUGUCGUACGUCGAUAUCCUGCCAACCAUUCUCGAUUAUGUCGGUCAUUCAGGGCAGGUGGAUUCCACGCAGAAGAGACUUGGUCGCUCCUUGCUUCCUAGUCUUGGCACCACGGAUCUACCCGAUUACAACGAGGUGUUUGGCUCCCACACUUUUCAUGAGGUGACAAAUUACUGGCCAACUCGGUUUGUUCGAGACCGCAAAUACAAAUACCACCGAAAUCUCGCAUGGAGACUUGAUUUCCCCUUCGCUGCUGAUCUGUAUGGCUCGUUGUCCUGGGAGGAUAUUCGGAACUCCACCGAUAGUGAGAUCACGGUCGGUGGAAGAAAGCUCAAGGAUUACUUUUUCCGGGCUCCAGAGGAGUUAUACGACUUGGAGAAUGAUCCAAGUGAGCUUCAUAAUCUAGUGAAUGAUCCGGAACACGCAGAGGCGUUGGAAAAACUGCGGUCGCGAUUGGAGAAGUGGCAACGACGAACAGAGGACCCAUGGCUAUAUAAAGAUGGUGUCUCUGUUUGGUUUGUGCGUUAUCAUUUGAAUGCCGGUCUUCGAAUUCCUGAUCGACUGGAUUUUGAUGCGGAUCGGCCCGGUAACCAGAAUGGUGCCGCUGUCGCCGCAGAUGGUCCCUGGGGAGCGGAUGUAGACUUGUCGAAGUGA